UUCCUCCCCUCCCCUUUCGGAGCGCUGGUAACGUCAGCCCGGGUUCUGCAGGCAGGUGCUGUUGCCUCGCGCCGCCGCCGCCGCUGUGUUUGCUGCCAGACCAGAAGCGCGUCCCCGAGGAGACCCUCACAGCCCGUUCCCCCUCUGCUUCACCCUCCCAGAUGGCCUCUGCCACAGAUGCCCGCUAUGGCCAGAAGGAGUCAUCGGACCAGAACUUUGACUACAUGUUCAAGAUCCUCAUCAUUGGGAACAGCAGUGUUGGGAAGACCUCUUUCCUCUUUCGAUAUGCUGACGAUUCCUUCACCCCGGCCUUCGUCAGCACCGUUGGCAUCGACUUCAAAGUCAAGACCAUUUAUCGCAAUGACAAGCGCAUCAAAUUACAGAUCUGGGAUACAGCAGGUCAGGAGCGAUACCGGACCAUCACCACUGCCUACUAUCGGGGGGCCAUGGGCUUCAUUCUGAUGUAUGACAUCACCAACGAAGAGUCCUUCAAUGCUGUCCAGGAUUGGUCAACCCAGAUCAAGACCUACUCAUGGGACAAUGCUCAGGUGCUGCUGGUGGGGAACAAGUGCGACAUGGAAGAUGAGAGGGUUGUGUCGUCCGAGCGGGGCCGCCAGCUCGCCGAACACCUGGGAUUCGAGUUCUUUGAGGCCAGCGCCAAGGAUAACAUCAACGUGAAACAAACCUUUGAGCGUCUGGUGGACAUUAUUUGUGAAAAGAUGUCCGAGUCCCUCGAUGCAGCCGACCCGGCCGUCACUGGUGCCAAGCAGGGUCCCCAGCUGACCGACCAGCAAGCUCCUCCCCACCAGGAUUGUGCCUGCUAAAGAGACUUCGGUGUGGCCACCCCACUCUGUCCCACCCUCCUUGUCUGCCUCACGCUCCCCCCCUCCCCAGCAACUUGAGUCCUGGCCUGGUCCUCUGUGCACCCUCCCCCCAAUACCCGUCCCCCGUCCCAUUGCUUUAUCCUUCGUGGGGCUGCGGGUGGGUGGGGAGCGAGACUCAAAAACCUAGCAGGCAUCCACCUCUCUGUUAAAGCUUUUUUAAAGAAAGCUUGCUCCCUUUUAACCAUCCUUUAAUGGGUGAGAAUUAAAUCCCUGCCUUGCCUGUCUCUCUUGUGGCUAGUUAGAGAUUCUCUCUCUCUUUUGCUGUGGGGGGGGGAGGGGAGCAUGGGGAAGGGGGGGUCGGCAUCAGAGGAAGCUAUUUUAACUGUUCUAGUUUUAUUUAUUUAUACACAUCUCUAUAUUUAUAAAUUUCCUGUUUUACAAAUCCAGACCUGUGCUGCUAUCCCUCCUCCCUUCCUCUGCUCCCCCUGUUGCUUCUUUUAAGGGCCCCUGUGAGCUCCUCGCAUCCCAUGUCUGUCCACAACCCCCCCCCCCCGGUCUUCUUGGAAAUUCAUAUUGACACCAACAACCAAAGACAGUGGAGCAAACGUCUGAAGCUGAUAUUGUUGUGAGUGUAUGUGGUGGUGGGGAAAUCUUGAGGGAGGGCCAUAGUGGCUCAGUGGAGAAGAGCCCGUGCGUUGCCUGCAGAAUGUCCCAGGUCCAAUCCCCAGGCAGGGCUGGGAGAGCCAUUGCUGGCAGUCAGUGUAGACAGUAUGCUAAGUCAGAUGGAUCGAUUGGUCUGACUUGGAAUAAUGCAGAUCCCGGUGUCUCUCUUUGGGAGCCACUGUCCCCCUCUGUUUGAUCCAGGAAGGCCGAGUCAUGUGGGAACAUCCCUCGGUGCAAGCUCCAUACAGGGAUCUGCUAAACGAAGCCAGCCUUCCAGCUCCCCAUUCGUUAGCUCCGAUCCGUGCCUGCCCUGUUACAGGUACCAUCCUCUGCCACUUAUGCACACCAUAGUGGGGUCCUUCUCUAGGAACGCUCUCCCUAUCAGGGCGGCAACCUGUGACUCUCGUUGGCUGUAAGGUGGAGCUGGGGAAGCAUCUGUGGCCCUCGAGAUGAUGUUGGACUCCAACUCCCAUCAGCCCCAGCCAGCCAGCAUGGCCAGCAGUCCGGGGUUACCCAUCCCUGAUCUAAGAACCAGCGUUCCCUGCCUCAUGUCACAUUCCAUCUGCUAGCAGCCACCUUAGCCAACAGUCAGGGAUGAUGAUAAUGAUGGGAAUUGGAGUCCAGCAACAUCUGGAGGGCCAUAAAGAUGUUCCCCAUCUCUGAGGCCUAGGUCAACACACAGCCCUGGAAGAAAUAUACCUGGCUCUUCUGUCUCCACCUCAGAAGCCAAGGUCUCGCAACAACCAGAUCAAGAAGACUUACUGCAUUUAGAAAACUAAUUUGCAGUUGUGGGGGUGUCUUGUCCACUUGCAGUCCAACAUGGUAACAUCUAGACACAAUUUCUUUGCUCGUUUUCUUUAACAGCAGGCCUAAGUCGUAGCAAAGUCUUGCUGCUUGGCUGGCUGUGGGGAGCACUGUUUUGGCUAUGGAGGCGGCCAAAGACGCUCCUCACCUACGCAGUGCCACUGAAAUCCCGCUGGACCUUCCCUUGAUUCUCGCUGCUAGUCCUUCCAAACCUCUGCCCUGCAGAUGUGUCUGUCUGUGCUUCCCCCCCCCCCAAUUUGCCAGCUGUGUAGUAAUAUCCUGCUCAUAUUUGUUCUUUCUCCUCCCGUCUUCCUCAGUGUACAGGAAAAGAAAAAAAAUGCAAUCUCCAUCCCCACUUCCCUGUAAAUAAAAGUAGACAGUGA